AUCAAAAUGCGUACCUCUUCUCUCUCCCUCUUCAGCCUUGCGGCUGCUGCUGCUUCGCCCGCUCUCGCUGCAAACAACAAUACAUACGCCAAAACCGACAACGACGACUGGUUUCUCACGUUCAACGUACAAGGCUAUCAUUCCGGUGAGGAAACCUACACACUUUGUCUCUACAACACCAGCGAAUGGGCAAGCCCACUGGUCAUCAACAACAAAACAGAACUGUAUUUCUAUGACGUUGAGACGUACUUUGAUGCCACGAUCGGAUUGAAUACAACCCUAGAGUCUUCGACAGUAAGGGAACUUGAAUUCACCAUUUUCCACGAAGCAAUCAUGGAAAAAAGAGAUAUGGGUGGUACUCCAGCGCCUGGGUUUCGUUCUUCCAGAAUCGGAUGUCGGGUACAUUGCAAAGGACCUUUAUUGGGCUACAGCACCAAUCAAGGAUUUGCCAUCAUACUGCGAAGAAGUUACUUUCAGCAAGUGUGUGUAUAA